CACAAACUAUUAAUUUUUAAGGAGGAAAUAUUAUAGACUAUUUUCAUGCAAGAGGGGCAAUGUGAUAUAUUGGCUAGAAAAGCGGAAUAUUAUAAUAAAUUAUCUUGAAAAGAGGAGGAUGUUUUAAAUUAUUAUCACGAAGAGAGGGGAACAUGAAGGCCAUUGAUGAAAUAAAUAAGAGGUCAGAUCUAAUAGGAUAUUGAAAUUGUUUAAUUGACACCAACCAUUUCAUGUGUUAGUUCCGGGAUUUGAACAUUUUUAUAAAUUUCCCAACACCGUAUUACACCGCAUUGCAUCAACAACAGUGAAGAAGUGAUGGCAACGUCUGCUAGAAUUCUCGUAGAUUUUCUUUCACUCUUAAUUCUUGCUGUAAUAUCUGUCAUCUCCAUAAACCCAGUUAUUUUAGUUCCUGGAGAUGGAGGCAGCCAGAUUUCUGCAAAGUUGAACAAAAGCCUAAGUCCUUUUGUCUACUGCGAGACGAAAACUAAUUAUUAUUACACAUUAUGGUUGGAUCUUACUCAAAUCACAAUUGCUCAGUGCUGUUUUGUUGAUAACAUGAGGUUAAUAUAUGAUCCCAAAACUCGAAAAACAUUUGACUCACCUGGUGUUAAUGUAAAAGUUCCUGGCUUUGGUAAAACUGAAACAAUAGAGUUUUUGGACCCUUGGAGAGAAAAGUUUACCAGCUACUACUACUUCAUUGUGGAACGACUUGUAAAACUGGGAUUAUCUAGAAAUAUUUCUAUCCGAGGAGCACCUUAUGAUUUCAGACGUUCUCCAAAUGAAUUUCAAGAAUAUUUCAAGAAUUUUAAAGAACUCGUUGAAGAAACUUACAACAUGAACAAUAACUCCAAAAUUACAUUGAUAACACACAGCAUGGGCAGUCCAACAAUGCUGUAUUUUCUGAAUAAUCAAAAACAGGCAUGGAAGGAUAAAUAUAUUGGGAAGAUGAUUACAAUUUCAGGAGUUUGGGGUGGUGCUGUGAAACCUCUUCGGCUCAUGAUUUCUGGAGAUAAUCUUGGCAUUGUUUUACUGAAAGAAAAUGUUAUUCGAACAUACCAGCGUAGUGCAUCUUCAACAGCUUGGCUUAUGCCAUAUGAUAGUUUUUGGAAAUCUGAUGAAAUCCUUGUGUCUCGUCCUGGACGCAAUUAUACUGUUAAAGACUAUAAACAGUUGUUUGAAGAUUUGAAUUAUACAGCUGGCUAUGAAAUGCGUAAAGACACAGAAAAUCUUGUGAAAAACCUCCAUCCACCUGGAGUGGAAAUUCAUUGUAUAUAUGGAGUAAAUAUACCUACUCCAGCUACAUAUCAAUAUGAUGAAGGAUUUCCUAACAGUGCACCAAAGAUAAUAUAUGGACCUGGAGAUGGGACUGUAAACAAAGACAGUUUAGAAGGCUGUCUUAGAUGGUCAAAACAACAAAAACAGUCUGUUCACAAUUAUACUGUUGAAAAUCAAGAUCAUUUGAAAAUAUUGCAAAGUCAAAAAUUGAUUGAUCUGAUACAAGAAAUAGUAACCAAGAAAUGAACUUUCUAUGGAUAAAAGAAAAAAUAUUUUUAUAACAAUAUAUAAAAGCAUUUAUUAAAAAAAAAAAUAUCAUAUCAGUAUUUGCAUUUUAUUUAACAAGAGAGAAAUUUGUGAUCCCUCUUAUUUUUGAGUCUGACAUCUUUAAAUCAUUUUGCUUUUAUUCUUUUACUUGUUUCAGUCAUUGGGCCCCAUCCAUGCUGGGAAGGGUAUAGUCAAUCAGGGUAUUUGAAGGGUAUAGUCAAUCAGAGUGACCCUACCAGUACUUAUUUUUAAUCUGUUACUUAUUCUAGCAGUUUCUUUUGCCAAGCUGUUAAGUUACAGGAAUGUAAACAAACCAACACUAUUUGGUAAAUGGUGAAGCAUAUGCUCAAAUGCACACGCAUGCACACACACGUACACACACACACACACACACACACACACACACACACACACACACACACA